GUUGGGCCCCCCCAGUGUCCCCCCCGCUGCGGGAUGGAUAUCCUCGGCUGAAGCGGGCGCUGUGUCUGUUCGCCAGCCGCCAGGUACCGUGGCUUCGAAUGGCUUUGAGGUUCACGGUCUAGGACGCACCGCAUCUUUGACUUAUUUCGUGUGGCCUGCCUACCUUCCACAUACUCCUGACUUGCUCUCCGUCUACGAUUAAUCUCACCUUAUCAUCUCACACUUCAUUUCGGGAAACCGUUCAACGCCAAUUGACCGUUUCCGUCCGGGCGUCUUGCCUCUCAGUUAGCUAGCACCGCACGGCCGAGGGAGACCAUAAGUAGCCGAGGAGUUCCCACGAUCCCCAGAUCCUCCCGCACAUUCGGAGUUUCUUCUUGCCUUGUUGUCUCUUGCUUUUGCCGAUUUUCUUGAGUGAUCUCGAGGCUAUAUACACAUCAUAUCCUAUACCAUGUCGUCGAUUGCUAGGGCCGUUCGCCCUGCUUUGAGGGGAAGCCGCGGUGUUGCUGCUCUCGCGAGGGUGAGGACUUACACACCGGGCAGAGCGCUCUCGCCACUCCAGCAGACCGCAAGACCCCUUUCCACCACCCAGCGCCGCCGCAAUGCCGACCACUUCGACAUCGCCGACAUCCCCCCGACGCCCAUCACCCACCUCUCCGAGGUCGAGGCCGCGAUGCAGGAGGCGGUGAGCAAGUUCGCCAACGAGGUGAUCGCCCCCAAGGUGCGCGAGAUGGACGAGGCGGAGAACAUGGAUCCGGCCAUCGUGGAGCAGCUCUUUGAGCAGGGCCUCAUGGGCGUCGAGAUCCCCGAGGAGUACGGCGGCGCGGGCAUGAACUUCACGAGCGCCAUCAUCGGCAUCGAGGAGCUCGCGCGCGUCGACCCCAGCGUCAGCGUGCUUGUGGAUGUGCACAACACCCUCGUCAACACGGCCAUUAUCAAGUGGGGCAGCAGCCAGCUCAAGAAGCGCUUCCUUCCCAAGCUGGCCACCAGCACCGUCGGCAGUUUCUGUCUGAGCGAGCCUGUUAGUGGUUCUGAUGCGUUUGCGCUGGCGACCAAGGCGACCAAGACGGAGAGCGGGUACAAGAUUAGCGGUUCCAAGAUGUGGAUUACCAACUCCAAGGAGGCUGACUUCUUUAUCGUGUUUGCAAACUUGGACCCGUCCAAGGGGUACAAGGGUAUCACGGCGUUCAUCGUCGAGAAGGACACCAAGGGGUUCUCUAUCGCCAAGAAGGAGAAGAAGCUGGGUAUCAAGGCCAGCAGCACGUGCGUAAUCAACUUUGACGAUGUCGAGAUCCCCAAGGAGAACCUCCUCGGCGAGGAGGGCGCGGGUUACAAGUACGCCAUUGGUCUCUUGAACGAGGGACGUAUCGGUAUUGCGGCCCAGAUGACUGGUCUCGCUCUCGGCUCCUGGGAGAACGCCGUCAGAUACGUCUGGAACGACCGCAAGCAAUUCGGCCAGCUCGUCGGCGAGUUCCAGGGCAUGCAGCACCAGAUCGCCCAGUCCUACACCGAGAUCGCCGCCGCCCGCGCGCUGGUCUACAACGCGGCGCGCAAGAAGGAGGCGGGCGAGAACUUUGUCAUGGACGCCGCCAUGGCCAAGUUGUACGCCAGCCAGGUCGCCGGCCGCGUGAGCGGUCUGGCGAUCGAGUGGAUGGGCGGCAUGGGUUUCGUCCGCGACGGGCCCGCCGAGAAGUUUUGGCGUGAUAGCAAGAUUGGUGCUAUUUACGAGGGCACGAGCAAUAUCCAGCUCAACACUAUUGCCAAGUUGUUGCAGAAGGAGUAUACCGCAUAGAGAGGUGGUGUCUGCUUGAGUUCGAAUGAUGUUGAAGAAGAAGGAAAGUAGUCAGGUUGCAAAGCUUUGAUUUUACGGGAGUCGUGUAGGUUAGUAGAUGGAGUCUUUUGAUAGUAAAAGCGACACGAUUCGGUGUUGGGGCGUAUGGCCUCGCGAAUGAUGACUCGUUAGAUGCUAUUUGAAAUCACAUGUGAAAAGUCUUCAGCG